CGUGAUCAGGGCGGAAACUGACUCAUAGGCCACGCUGAAUCUCCCGCGAACGCAGCCAUUUACUCUUUCCUCUUCUAGCAGUGACACCGAAAAGUCGCAACCAUGGCAGACUCAAUGGCUCAGUGUGUACCGGUGGCUGUGUUCAAGCUGGUCUUGGUAGGAGAUGGUGGCACAGGGAAAACGACUUUUGUGAAGAGGCAUAUUACAGGAGAGUUUGAGAAGAAAUAUGUUGCUACUCUGGGAGUAGAGGUGCACCCACUGAUGUUCCACACCAACAGAGGUCCCAUCAAGUACAAUGUGUGGGAUACAGCCGGUCAGGAGAAGUUUGGAGGCCUCAGAGAUGGCUACUAUAUUCAAGCUCAGUGUGCUAUUAUCAUGUUUGACGUCACUUCCCGAGUCACCUACAAGAACGUGCCCAACUGGCAUCGCGACCUGGUCCGUGUCUGUGAGAACAUUCCCAUUGUCCUUUGCGGCAACAAGGUAGACAUCAAAGACAGGAAAGUCAAAGCCAAGAGCAUUGUGUUUCAUCGCAAGAAGAACCUGCAGUACUACGACAUUUCUGCCAAGAGUAACUACAACUUUGAGAAGCCUUUCCUGUGGUUAGCAAGGAAGUUGAUCGGUGAUCCCAAUCUGGAGUUUGUGGCAAUGCCUGCCCUUGCUCCCCCAGAAGUCCAAAUGGACCCCAGUCUUGCCGCUAAAUACGAGGAAGAGCUUCAAGUUGCAUCACAGACGGCACUCCCAGAUGAAGAGGAUGACCUCUAACCUGUUACCUUGUCACCCCCACCCCCAUCCCACCCCCUGCUGUGGACAGGAAGUUGUUUGAGUUUUGACCCUUUACUGUAAAAUCCCUUUUCAGAUUUAUUUUUGAAUUUUUUUGUUUUAAAACUUAAGAAAAAAACUUCGUGCAAAAAUUGUGGUUCUAAUUUCACUGUAUGACACACCCACCCUAGUGUUGUUGUUGACAUGGCAACGUGCUACUCUUUAUCAAGCACCCUCCGCUGCACAUACCCAGCUCACAUAAUGCUGUUGUACGGUGUACUGGAAGCACUAAGGGGAAUAAACUUUGAUUAAAAACA